AUGACAAGGACCAAUAAGUGGACUGUUCAUGAAUCUAAGGCUGACUCGCGUUAUUUUACCCAUAAUGGGUAUUACGGCACGCCUCCCAAUAAUGUGAAGAAGGAUGGGUCUGGCCGGGGGAAUUGGGGUAAGCCUGGGGAUGAGAUUGCGGAUUUGAUUGAUUCUGGUGAGAUUGCUCCGGUUUUUAACAAGGCUAGGAGGGGGUCCAACUCGCAGGCCAGGGAGGCUCAGUUGGAGAAGGUUCAGAGAUAUGAGGUUUGA